AUGGAUAUAUCAGAGCAAAAUGCUAACGAGUUCUCUGAAGCUGAAAAGGAUUUAAAAGUAAAAAUACCAAAAGAGUUGAAACAUAUCUUAGAAAUAAAUGGAUAUACUUUACUGAGCUUAAUUGCGGAAAUGACUGAUGAAGACGUUGAAAAUGUAGAAAAAUUUUCAAGGGAAGUUUUACCAAAUUUAAUUGAGCUGGGUCAGCAUAAAGAAUAUUUUGAAAUUUUUCAUGCAGCUCCGGAAAAAUGUACUUUCUUGAAUGGCCACAAAAAACUAAUAUUUUGUUUGCAAAAAUAUUAUAAAGAACUCUCCAAAAAUAUGUAUUCAUCAACUGUCGAAUUAGCUGUUGAAUCUGUAGAAAAUAAAAAUGACUCUCAAGCAUCAACUUCUUUUCAAGUUCAAGUUUUUCUCAAAACGAAUUUACUGAAUUAA